AUGGUAUUAGCACGAGAAAAAAAUCUUUGCUUCGGACUAUUAUCACAUGUUGAAAUGCCCAGAUGCCAUCUGAUAUUCACAACCUUUCAUAUAUUUGAUGCCAAUGUAGAGAAAAUCGUAAAAGGCUAUUCAAAGAACUUCAGGUAUUCAUCCACAUUAUUCAAUUUUACUUAUUACAGCGGUAGUCUUUAG